AUGCCAAUGUAUGGUGCUGUAAAAGACAUUGGCCCUCUCGAUAGGGAGAAAGCAAUAAGAGUCAAGCUGAACUAUAAGACUCAUGUAAAGGCAAUCAAAUCCAAAGGUUUUCCUACUAAGAUGUUUCAGCUAAAAACCUAUGACUCUUUGAAAGACCAUACUCAAGUCAAUGACAAGGUGUUGUUUGAUUUAAUGGGCAGAGUUGUCGAGAUCCAUGCUCCUGUUGACAAAAUCAUAGGAGGUAGACCCGCCAAACUCCUAGACUUUAAAAUGGUUGAUAAUGAGAGAAAUACCUUACAGUGCACUGUGUGGGACAGUCAUGUUGGUGCCAUGCUACCAUACUAUGAUUCUGGUCUUAAAGAACCACUAAUUUUGGUUCUUCAGCUUUGUCGGGUUUUCCAUUGUUCGUUAACAUCUAUCAUGCUAAUAGGUGAAAUCAGAAUCACUAGCUGCUAUGAUGCUACCCAACUUCAUUUGAAUGCAUCUUACCAGGAAUUUGCUGAUUUUAGGUCUCAGUUAAUUGCUUCAAACAGCCCUUUACGCAGUAUCAGUACUGCAACAGUGCUGUCUCAAUCAACAGGAAUUGAUGACUUCGCCAGUGGUGCUUUGAGUGUAACUAUAGUAGCUGAUCUAUUGAAAAAGAAGCAGAAUGGGGAAUUCUAUGUACCUGCUGAAAUUGUGGCGAUUGAAGGUUCUUUUGGAUGGAUGUACAUCUCUUGCAUGUCACCAGGAUGUAACAGAAAGCUUUAUGAACAAGCAGGUGAUCUGAUUUGUACAACUUGUGAUAAGAAGUAUAAAGAAGGCAUGGCAAGGUAUCAGGUCAAAGUUAUUGUUCUAGAUAAAGGUCUAGGAGAUGCUCCCUUCCUUUUAUGGGAUAGGGAGUGUUCUGAAUUAGUUGGUAUCCCAGCACACAGUUUGUACACGAAGUAUAAUAAGGUUUCUGACAUUCCAAAAGAAUUUGAGUCCUUAGUUGGUAUGAGAAUGGUAUUUAAGAUAUCAUUAAAAAUGGAGUUCAUGAAGGGAGCUAAUUCAGUCUACACUGUUAUGAGAGUUCUAAGGGAUGAAGCCUUAGUCUCAGCAUACUGUUCUAAACUGAUUGAAGACCAAGACAAGGACUUGAUAUCAAAAAUGAUAGAUGAGGACGAGGAGGAAUCAAAUCAGGAAGCUUCUAAUGGAGACAAUGAGGUCAACAGUCCAUUAAGUAUACAGCAGUCUCAAAGGCUAGACAAUGAACCUGAAGAUUCUAAUGGUGUGAAGAGAUCGCUUUUGGACCAAUUCUCCUCCUCUAGCAAGAAGGGAAAUACUGUUGUUGUUAAACAGGAAAAACUUUAA